AGAGAGUGGAAUUCUAAGACUUCCUCUUUACAUGGAACAGUUUAACUUUUGUGCUUGUGGGCAAAGGCAUGGUCCUCGGGACAGUUCUGCUUCCACCUAAUAAUUAUGGCAGAGAUCAGGACACGUCGCUUUGCUGCCUGUGCAGUGAAGCCUCAGAAGCUGCUCUACCCAACUCGACAGAUCACUUUGCCAGCUGUGUGGAGGAUGCAUUUGAGGGAGACAAGACUGGAGGCAGUAGUCCAGAAACUCUCCACCGCCCCUAUGGUUGUGAUGUUGAACCCCAGGCACUGAACGAAGCCAUCAGGUGGAGCUCCAAGGAGAACUUGCUGGGAGCCACUGAGAGUGAUCCUAAUCUCUUUGUUGCACUUUAUGAUUUUGUGGCAAGUGGCGACAACACACUAAGUAUCACUAAAGGUGAAAAGUUACGAGUCCUUGGUUACAACCAGAAUGGUGAGUGGAGUGAAGUUCGCUCUAAGAAUGGCCAAGGUUGGGUGCCAAGCAACUACAUCACGCCAGUGAACAGCCUGGAAAAACACUCCUGGUACCAUGGACCUGUGUCACGCAGUGCAGCCGAGUAUCUGCUCAGCAGUUUAAUCAAUGGCAGUUUCCUGGUGCGAGAAAGCGAAAGCAGCCCUGGGCAGCUGUCCAUCUCGCUCAGGUACGAGGGUCGUGUGUAUCACUACAGGAUCAACACCACCACAGAUGGCAAGGUGUACGUCACUGCCGAGAGCCGUUUUAGCACGUUGGCCGAGCUUGUUCACCAUCACUCCACGGUGGCCGAUGGGCUGGUGACAACAUUACACUACCCCGCACCCAAGUGUAACAAGCCUACAGUUUACGGUGUGUCCCCCAUCCACGACAAAUGGGAAAUGGAACGAACAGAUAUUACCAUGAAGCACAAACUUGGGGGUGGUCAGUACGGAGAGGUUUACGUCGGCGUCUGGAAGAAGUACAGCCUGACAGUCGCUGUGAAAACGCUGAAGGAAGAUACGAUGGAGGUGGAAGAGUUCCUGAAGGAAGCUGCGGUGAUGAAGGAGAUCAAGCACCCGAAUUUGGUACAGCUGUUAGGCGUGUGUACUUUGGAGCCACCAUUUUACAUCGUGACUGAAUACAUGCCGUAUGGGAACUUGCUUGAUUAUCUUCGAGAAUGCAGCCGAGAAGAGGUGACUGCAGUUGUCCUGCUUUACAUGGCCACUCAGAUCUCUUCUGCAAUGGAGUAUUUAGAGAAGAAGAAUUUCAUCCACAGAGAUCUUGCAGCCCGUAACUGCCUCGUGGGAGAAAACCACGUGGUGAAAGUGGCCGACUUCGGCUUAAGUCGGCUGAUGACCGGAGACACCUACACCGCUCAUGCUGGGGCCAAGUUCCCCAUCAAAUGGACAGCGCCUGAGAGCCUGGCCUACAACACCUUCUCCAUCAAAUCUGACGUCUGGGCUUUUGGAGUACUGCUGUGGGAAAUUGCUACAUAUGGAAUGUCACCGUAUCCAGGUAUCGACUUGUCUCAGGUCUAUGAUCUGCUAGAAAAAGGGUAUCGAAUGGAACAGCCUGAAGGAUGCCCGCCCAAGGUUUACGAACUUAUGAGAGCAUGCUGGAAGUGGAGCCCUGCUGACAGGCCCUCUUUUGCUGAAACACAUCAGGCUUUUGAAACCAUGUUCCACGACUCCAGCAUUUCUGAAGAGGUAGCUGAGGAGCUUGGGAGAGCUGCCUCCUCCUCCUCCAUUGUUCCAUACCUGCCCCGAUUACCUAUACUUCCUUCCAAGACCCGGACGCUGAAGAAACAGGUGGAGAACAAGGAGAACAUCGAAGGGGCCCAGGAUGCCACAGAAAAUUCUGCUUCCAGUUCAGCACCAGGGUUCAUUAGGAGUGCACAGGUCCCCAGCGGGUCUCCAGCACUGCCUCGGAAGCAAAGAGACAAGUCACCCAGCAGCCUCUUGGAAGAUGCCAAAGAGACAUGCUUCACCAGGGACAGGAAAGGCGGCUUCUUCAGCUCCUUCAUGAAGAAGAGAAACGCCCCCACACCCCCGAAGCGCAGCAGCUCCUUUCGGGAGAUGGAGAAUCAGCCCCACAAGAAAUAUGAGCUCGCGGGAAUGUUAACUUUAGGAAGAUAGGAAUUCAGCAUUGAUGAACAGUGAAUUUUCUUCCUGGCUGUGUCAUCGAUCCACUGUCAAGCCACGGCCCCAUCUCCUAAUCUGUUGAAUGAAGGUAAUGAUACGUGUUCUCACGGGCCUUUUACAGUUAAGGGUGUAGCCAGCCCUCCGAGAGCCCCCUGGGAAGCUCUUCAGUGCAGAGUUAUGUUGAUCGGUUUUUCACGCUCUUCUCUGCUCAGUAGCAGAUCAGGAAAUUUAGAAGCGCUGAGAUUGUAUUAAAUGGGCUAGAAUACUAAGGGGGGAAAACUACUUUGGACAGAGUUUGGCAUCUUUGACCAAGGAGGAAAUGAGUCUUCAUCAGAAGGGAAGGAAACCUUGGUUCUUGUCAUGGCUGCUCCGGAGAGGCCCAGGCUGAGAACGGGGCCUGCCUUGUAGUGGGUGGGUGGUCUCCGUCUGUCCCCUAAAGAUGCAGCACAGGCAACUAGUGAUGUGGUUAUUAGUCCCUACAGUGGCUGGAAGAGAAGAUAGAGUCCCUUUAAUGUGGGUUUAAAAACCAAUAGUCGUCCCGGCUCCUUUGCUACUCCCUUCACCGUACACUUCCAUAAACUUGAAAUCGUUUUAGCUUUAGCCUUUUAUGGGUGGGGCGGGGAAAGCUAAAACUUUAGAAUGUUAUUAUGCUGCUUUUUAAGUUUAUCCCUGUCAUUGUGGGAUGCAAGUUGAGAGAUUAUCAUUGUUUUUCAGGGUUUGUUUUUUUUCUCCUAAGCAAGGGAUCUUCCCUUGACAGCUCUGAAAAAAGCCUUGGAGGAACACUACUGAGUGUAUUUAAGCUCCCUGAUUUUCUCACCGAAGAGUAGUCUUGAGGGUGGGGGCUGUGUCUUACUCAGGGGCAGCACCUGGCUCUGUCUCACCUCCAGUGGGUGCUAAGUUCAUGAGUUGAAUUGACUUUUCUCAACACUGUCAGUAGUUGGGUUGACUGUAUUCUAGUGCCCCCCUCCCCCCCCGCCCCCCCCCGCACCAGAUGCUUGAUGUGCGUAACUUCAGGAGCUGAGGGCUCAGGGUUCAGGUUAAAGAGGCACUGUCAACUUAUUAAAUGUCAUUUAGGGUUUUCCUUUUUCUACUUGAAAAGGUCCAGAUUUUCAGAAUAACCUUAUGUAAAUUUAAAAGUUUGAAUUCAAAGAAAACUUCUAGAAACUAAAAAUGUAGUUUAAUUUUAUCUAAUUUAAAAGCGAAGCUGAGAGCAGGAGCAAAAGCCCUCCUACAGAAUGUUGAAAACUUUCUAAAAUGAUUUAUAUAUGCAUGCAUACCUUUGGGCUACCACAGCUAGAACCCUUUCAUGUACAGAUAAUAUAAUUUCAGUUUGGAAAAAAUGCAGUAUUUUGUGUAGAAUAUACCUUCAUUGUGCUUUACAUGAAGUAUUUUCUUAAAAGGCUUUGUGUAAAAUUAAAAUGUGUAUAUUUUCCUAGAGACUUCGUGAUUUUCAGAGAUAUAGCCUUAAAAACAUCAGCCCUAAGAUUCAGUGUUUUUCUAGAUGACCUCUGUACAUCGAGGUCAUCAGAGUGGAGCCCCUUGCCUAUCAGCAUUUUGGGGUUUAAAUUAGAAUUUUCUUAUCAUUCAGUUGAAAGUUGGUUAAUAAAAUAGUGCCCAGUUAAUAAAACUUACCGACUCUGCUACGGCACAGCCCAUUUGAUGGAACUAAAGUCACGGAGCUUUUGAGUUGAAAGGAUACAGUGUAGAUUGAGUGCAGACUCUAUAGCCAGUCUAGAAGGCAAGUCAUUUAAUCUUCCCAGCCUUCGUUUCCUCAUUGGAAAACAGGGAUGAUACUUGUAACUACCUCAGAGUUGUGGUAAGGAUUAAGCGAUGGUACAUGCGAGAUGCUUAGCUUGAGUGCCCGACACAUAAUGAGCGCUCUACAGAUGUUAACUGCUUCUAUUGUUAAUAAACUUAGUCCAGUGAGUUGUGCAGCAGACCCCCUGCUGAAGAAUAAGAGCCGACACGGUGAGAAUUCCCAGCUGGGCGUGGUCUCAGCCCGUGAGUUUUCCAGGAAGCCCUCCAGUGUUUGACACCCAGCACUGUCUGAACCCUGUCAGUGCCCAGCCUUAAGAACUGGAAGAGAGGAUGCUUAAGUUACUUGCCCAUUAUCUCAGAGCAGCUGAUUAGUGGCAGAGCUCAGGCUAGAGUUUGGGAUCUCGUGACUUUCUGGUUGUGGCGUCUUUGUGCC